GCGGAUUUGACAGAUGCGAUUUGGGAUGUCAAAUUAGUCAGACAAAUGGUGAUUUUCAAUGGCGCAAGAUGUGUUUAGCGAAAUGGCUAUAGAUCCAUGGUUGUUAAAUGAGGAUGGAUAUUUAAACGUAAAUACAAACAUAAAGGAAAUCGUCUAUCACCCGUCGCUGAAUGUAAUUCUAAUAUCGUCAACACAAGGCACCAUCCAUGUUCUUGAUGUCAACUCAGGUGUUAUCUUGUUAUCCAGCAGUCUUGCAGCCAACAACAAAGACUCCAUACAAUGCAAAUACAUCCCAGGUCAGGACAGAAUUCUCUUCACUGAUGGAGAAACAAUUGGUGUGCGAUCAGAUUACAAUGGGGUACUUUUACUCGACAGUAUACUACAGAAAACAGUUUCUAAGUCCAAAGAAAGUAUUAAACUUGAGUUGCCACUAUCAGAGGCAAUUAUCCUUAAACAAAGUCUUAACACAGAUAAUCUAAUAGGUAUUGACCAUGUGAUAAAUGAGCUUACUGAAGUUAUUCAAAAUGCACAAAAACAAAGUAAAAAAGGAAUAAAAGCCCAAAAAUGGAACACAGUAUGCCUCACCCUUCCCAUAGAUAUAUUUCAAUUUGCCACUUCCAGUGCAGUAAGCGAAAUGAUAGGAAAAAACCUACACACACCUGAAUUGGGUGUCGCCAGUGCUGUACAUGAAAGGCUCUCCGAAUUGCUUGGAAGGCAAGCAAAUAGUACAGAUAAAAAGUCAAUGGCCAGUGAAUCCCGUAGAAGGGAGACUUUUUCACAGUGGCCUCAUAUGGAUUACAAAUGGGCGUUGCCGGACCAGAUGGCGCAGGCGGGCUUCUACCACCAGCCCAACAACUCCGGCGACGACCGCGCCAUGUGCUUCACGUGCACCGUGUGCCUGGUGUGCUGGGAGCGCUCGGACGAGCCGUGGAGCGAGCACGAGCGGCACUCGCCCAACUGCCCGUUCGUGAUGGGCGAGUACACGCAGAACGUGCCGCUGUCGGUGACGCACGCCACCAACCCGGCCGCGGACGCCACGUACCGGGGCGCGCCCCUCGCCCUGCUCGGCUCGAGCGGCGCGCCCGAGCUCGUGCCGGCCGCCUACCCGGACAGCCUCGUCUCCGUGUUCGACGUCUCCGGCAAGGUCGAGCGCACGCACUCGUUCUACGUCACGCAGUUCGACUCGCACAUCCUGGAGAGGAUCACGCUCGACUUCGGCUCGUGGCGGAACGACGACAGAAAAUACCCCAUCGUCCGGAAAAUAACCGCGCUAUCGAUAGUGGGGGAGUUGGAUAAAGCAAGCAAAUCGGAAAGUUUCGCGCUGGAUAAGGAAGUCGCGACGAAAAUACGGCCGAGCAUAAUCUGCGGUCUAUUCAUAAGUUGCGCCGUGGACAAAUCCGCUCAAAAAGACGACUUGAACGACUGGUCGAUGUCUUCCGACACCGAAUCGAACCUGUACUUGGUGGUUUACGACUUCACGUACAAAAAAGAGAUGGACCUCGUGGAAGUGGAGAAACCCGUCAAGGAGAUUACUUCUUCGAACUCGACGCUUGAUAAUAUGAACGAGAUGGACAGUACGUUGGCGACGCCCAACAACAUCAUCAAUUUGAACCAGAUGCUCGACAAUUUGGAUGCCGAUUCCUUUAUGAAGCACAUUUUUUCCUACAAGACCUUUAUCCCCGACGAUAAAAACGCGAUACACAUUCCACCGUCGGUUACCAAGAGCCACUCGGGUCCAAAAUUACUGCCUAUGCCGCCGCCGUUGUCCGAGACGGAUUCCGCGCAGGGAAACUCGUUCGGCUUGUGCGACUCUAUACCGGAAAUUUCCGAAGUCAGCAGCACCAUCUCCGAGCACAUUAAGGAACUAAAAAACAGCAAAUCGCAGAACAAACUCAACUACUCGCAUUCUGUACAAUGUGUGAGUCUCCCGAGCGAGUGCAAGAACAUUUCUGACUUGGAGAUAACGCAUAUCCUGCCCAACGCCAGCCACACGCACAUACUGGUGGUGGUGAGCAGCGUAACAACAUACAAAAGCUUCCUGCUGCUCUACGAGCUGGAUUUCACGCAGAAGAUGGUGAAGAUCCUGGAAACCCCCGCCCUGAUUCGCCAGCUGGAACCCAACGAAAAACCCGUGGAGGUUAAGUUGCUGCCGAACCUCGACAAGAUCCGAAUCAGCGCGGAAAACCGCGACGGGGACGUCGAAGGUAACGCCAUCUUGGUGUGCCUCGAUGGCGCAGUCAGAAUCGUGGAGCUGAGGAGUUUGAAUACGGCGUGUUUCGCCAAGUUGGAGAACGAGAGUUUCCUGUCCGCCACGUAUUGCAACAGUCUCGAAAGGCUGUGCGUGUCGACGAAAGGCGGCUCGUUGCACUUCUACGCCCUGAACGAGACCGACAACGAGUCUUUGGACGAUCUAGAAGACGAAGAUUUGUUCGGCGCGCCGAUCGAAGGCGGCGCCGCCUCGUCGCAGCCGCCGCCCGACGCUACCGACGCCGACGAGGCGCGCUGCUUCGACGAGCCGGCCGGCGUCGUGCGCCUCGAAGAGCUGAAGCGCCUGCACGCGCUCUGCGACUUCGAGCCGCUCCGCGCCGGCUACUGCGCGGUCGUGCCGCCCUGCUGGAGCGACAUCCAGCAGGCGCUGCGCCAGCGCAAGCACCCGAUCAAGCCGAAGGCCGAGGGCGAGCAGUACGCGAAGACGUGGCGCCUGCAGACGGACACCACCACGUGGGACGAGCACGUGUUCGAGAUCUCGCUGCCGUCCGGCGUCGCGCUGGGACACGUCGACGUGCACUGCCGCAUCCAGCACUCCGCCUUGCCGCCCCAAGUGGAAUUCACUCUCCUAAGGCAGAACUCUAAAGGCAUCGGCCACAAAAGGGACGUAAAAUUCGGCGUGGACGAGUCCAUCACGAUCGACAUGCUGCAGUGGGCCGACAACCCCGUAAUCUCCCAAGAAUACCUUCGAGCGCACAACGCCGAAAUACUGGCCGGCCCGAUAAACAUCAACGAGCACCUCGACCUGCUCGAGCAAACGGCCACGGUCACUCUAACCAGCCCGAAGAUCUUCCGGUCGAAAUGCAGAACGCUGCUUCUGCACGUCAAGUCCGUUUCUGCGCGCGACGACAAGCAAAAAGACCCUCUCGGCGCGAACGCCGAUAAAGGGGCCUCGCGGAACGGCAACUACAUGGGCUGCGACUGCAUCCACGAGCUGAGCAUCACGCUGUUCACCUCUAAACACACCGAGGUGCAGAACGAGAGGAGUCAGAGGAACUUCAUGCUCGAAUCGAACGUUUUCGUGCAGUCGUUGUUUUUGACGGCCACGCAGCAGUGUACAGUCGAAGUUCUCGGCUACGUUUUGGAUGUCGUCAACUGGGUGGCCGCCAUAAGGUUGUCCAGGAAUAGAAGCAACAACGGGGAUGCACCCAACCACCAGAUGGACUUCAUCAACGCCAUUCAAAACAGUUUGCAAAAGCUUAUGGAGAAGUGCUUGCUGCAUGGCGGACGGAGCAUAGCCCAUAAGUGCAUGAAGUUACUGUCCAUAUGUUGCAGUGGCGCAAACAACAUCCACGAGAGCGUGGGCGCAAACUUCAACCAGUGCGUUCUAAACAUCCUCCUGCCUUUGCUCGACAACAUCGGCGAAGUGCGCUCGGCCGCCGGCCUGCAAUGGAUAUUCGCCGUGCUGUUCAAGGUCACCAGCAAGGACAAGGAGCGCUCGCUCUCCAGCAAACUGAUCGAGGUGCUCGGCAAGCUGUCCGACGAGAUCAACAAGCGCGCCAACCCGUACCACCUGCUGCUGCGCGCGCGCUACGGCCUCUACGGCACGCCCAUGGAGCCCGAGCUGUUCGACGUCGACUUACCGUCGCACAUCAAAGGCAGCAACUCGCCCACCUACCACAUUACUUCAGCCGGCGUUGGAGAAACCGCCAGCAACCACUCUGAAUUCUUCGCCAACUAUUCCUACAACAAGGAGAGCAUCAGCGCCAAGGACGUUCUCUUCAACGCGGACACCAAGCUGAAGUACAAGAACAUCGCCCCGCCGAAGACCAUCAAAGGCUUGAUAGAGACGGUUCCGCUGCAUUUCACCUGCAUUUCCGCCAGUGAAGGUACAAGGUUGGAGAGAGCUGACGUGCUAAACGGAGCCAAUCCCAACAGUAUGGUUCAGCUGACGAGUAGCAAGGAAGAUAUCCAACAGUUCAUCAACAGUCUGGUCGGAGGGGUCAACGACGAUAGUUUUCAUUUUCUGAAACGACAAGAUUCAAUUCCAGAAUCGCUGUUCGACAACUUCAACAAGUCCAUCAAGCACUCGGGGACCGGCGGCGCGUGCUCCUUCAAGGAGGACCGCUCGUCGCCGUGCUCGUUGCCGUGGCAACGUCUCUUGACGCCGCCCGCGCAGCAGGUGAUGGUGGUGGAGCGCAUGCACAGCGGCGCGCGCCGCCACGUCACGCUCGACUUCGGCCGCCCGGUGCUGCUCACGGACGUCGUGAUCCCGUCUUGCGCCGACCUCGUCUCGGUCAGCGUCGACAUCUGGAUGCUGGGCGAGGAGGUGGACGAGACCCGGCUGGCUAUCGCCUCGGACAUCGGCACCAGGAACCUGCUGCUGAACGACCUGCAGCCGCCGCCCCUCUGCCGAUACAUGAAGAUCACUGGCAUUGGACGUUAUGGAAUGUCCACGACGAGAUGUCGCAUACCCACUGGGUACUUUUACGGACAUAUCAUUGUCCUACCCGAGGAAGUACCUUCGUAUUUAUCCGAUCAAUCGUCGGAUAUUGCGUGCAAAGACGCUGACAAACAGUUAAACAUACUGUCCAACUUACUGGAAGACAUAAAUUGUCGAUACAGUCUCGCCUGUUCCAAACUCAAGGACCUCCUGCAACCUUGCCUGGUUUCCGACUUGAAGAACGCCGAGAAUCUGUUCACUUACAUCGGAGUGAUGAGGGACAUUUCCGCGAACGUCACCGAUUGGGAGCACAGCAAAAUAUUCAACUCCUAUCAGGACGCCAUAGGUUUCCAACUGCAGUUGAACACGGUAAAACAUGUGAUGUGGCGAUUGGAGGAAAGCCUCAAUCGAACCCCUCAGAAUCACGGCCAAGGCCUCUCGAAUUGCUCCACAGACAAACUGAGAUCCAUAGCGGAAGGCAUCAUCGAGGUGCUUUUGUCCUUGGACACGUUGCCCAAUUUGCACGUGGACAGGUGCAGGCAACUUUUCAACAGCCUGUGCGUUUGCCAGACUUCCAGGUUGCAAUUGCUGGCCGCCCUAUUUCUCGAUAAGUCUUGCGGGCGAAAUUCCUUCUGGGGCGAUUUUCUGGCCGACACGUUGUACACUAUGUACUCCACGGAUUUUACCGUAAAGUUUCCGCAAGAUAGACUGUUCGUUUUGCUUAAUUUCCUGAGCAGGAGGACUCCCGAACGCAGUUCGGUUAUUGACGCGGCUUUGAGGGUUGUCUACAAAACCCUAAACCCUGCUGUAAAUGGGGACCUUGCGGAUCAAGACAAGACUCUCCUCGCCAUUUCCACCGAUUUACCUUUAUUGUCAUGGCUGUUGAUGUAUCUCUCGCUGCAAUUGGACUUAGCGACCCCGCCCAAUUCCACCAAUAGGUGGAACUUCGUUUUCGGAGAGCUGGUGGAAAAAUCCAACGUCGACAACGCGAAACCAAACAGCAGGAAGAUGUUUAAGUGCAAAAGGGCCAUACCAACAAGCCCGGGAGUGAUAGCUUCGUACGUUCCAAAAAGCACAAGCUCCUCGGUUUCCUUCAGCAAGCAGUUCGGGAAGUUGGGCACCUACUGGAAAACCAACGAGUUGAUGCUUAAGGCAGACAAAUUCAAGUUGAAAAUAUCGAAAAAGGCGGCGACAGAGCUCGCGAAGCACAAAGAAAACGUCGAAACUACCAGCGAAAAGGCGAGGAAAGUGCCGCAGCACAUUAGCAAGCUGCAUUGCCAAAUCGUCGCCAAAAGUUUGAUGCAGUUCAUUCUGUCUAUGGAUCAUUCCAGCAGUGCCGACAUAAUGCUGCUAGCUUUCAAGGUUGUGGCGAGAUUGGUCUCGAUAGCCAAACUGCAACUAGGUCAACUUAUAAGUGAGGAGGAUAUGUUGAGAUUGAUAAAUCUGACCAUCUCCUCGAAAAUGUCCUGGUCCACCGUGGCGCUUACGUGUUUCCUGGAAGACGCGAUGGAUUUGGCGGUGCCGCAUUGCGAAGACGCCGAAAUGGAAACGAUUAAUUCGUCUUCGGCGAGAUGGUAUAACGGCAAGGGUAAAGACAAUUUUGGCUCUAAAAGCCCCCAAUCGCCCAGAGAGACCAAGAACAUUUGGAUCUACAACGAUUCCAUUCCAGAUAUCAUAGCCAACGUUGACGCGCUUUGCGACGUUCAGGACACGAUGCUGGCCGAAACGAUUUCGAAGCAACCCAAACCUAACACUAGCACCAGCAACAACGGUCAAAACAACAUCGUUCCGUUGCCGUCCGUUUUUGAAUCCGACGAUUCGGAGUUGGAGGAGAUUCUCGAGGAGUUCGAUAAGGUCCAAAGAUCGGUCAAGAAGCCCGUGAAAACGACGUUCAGGUCGAACCUGAACAUUUCCACCUCGAUAGAUUCGCGUUUGGAGCUCGGGGUUACCUCGUCCUCGGAGAUCAAUAUCAAGAAGAUGUUGAUCAAGAACACGGAGAUUUUGUUCAACAAUAUAUCGACGGGGUUGCCUUUGGACGAUAACGAGGUGCCUCUAAGGCCGUGGGCGCGAAUGCCGAUGCCGAGACUCGUCGAGUCUUCGACCACGAACCAGAUUAUGUUGACGAAUUGUUUCGAGAAACUAUUCGAAAACCUUCAGCUGAAACCGCCAUCGCACAUCGAGGAAAUCGUGAACUUCUGGUUGACGCUCAACAACACCGAUACGGGGGAUAGAUUCGACUCUUCCGCGGCGCCAAAAAUAAUCUUGAACCCGGAAUCCGUAAAGGCGCUGGUUUCAGCGUUAGCGUGGACUACAGGAUUGUCGCUUACCACUUGGUGCACCUCCUUGCAAGCCUUGAGCAUGGUGUGCAACACCAACGUGGAAAAUCCGAGCUCUCAUUGGCCGGAAAUACCGGGGAUGGCCCCCCACAUAGUGGAUCACCCGGAUUUUAUGCAGUGCUUGCUGCGACUUCUUUCCGGAAGCGGGCUUGCUGUCAACGGAAACACUCUGGCUGGCCCGACUUUGUGUCGCGCAUUACACAACUUCCUGGUGCGGUUGGAAAUGAGAUGCGACAUUGUCAGUCCCACGAGCAUGCUGGGGAUUUCCAUCAAAAACCUUUUGUUGAAAGUCGUCUACCAGCUUAUACAACCUUUGGGGCCUAUAACGGCACGGCAAGGCCCUCUAGACGCGCAGUGCAAACUGCUGCAAAACAUGUUGCAGAUGAAUUUCGUCCAAACCGAUCUGACAAUUGCCAUGAGCAUACUGGAAAGUACAGGCGUAUUUGUGCAAAGUUACGUUGAGAACGUAGAUAAAAUAAAAUGCAUAAAUAUUGGAGAAAAACAAAACACGACGACAAGCACUUUUAGCGACAUAUUCGCCAGUGUAUUAGGUUCGGAUUCGAAUAAAUCGGACAGACCUGUGUCCUACGAGGUCCUUCAAAUAUCACUUUUAAGGUUAUUGGGAAAGCUUAUCGAAACUCCGUUGCCAAAUACCGGAAACAAAACUGGUCAGCCGAACCCUUCCACCUCGCAAACCGACGAAAGCAAAGCAGAACAAAUACAGGAAGGAUCGCGCACGCCCGAUAACGUGGCUCCCUGUUUUGCCGACGUCGUCUUGAGGCACCAUCCGUGCUUCAUACGGCUCUGCCACGCGUUGUCCUCGUGCAAAUCUUCGUCGCUGUGCAUGCUGGUUAACGUCGCGCCAAAGGCUUCCUUUGCGAAUUUCGGCGAGCCGACUACGGUGGGCGAUGCGGUGUUCCAGGUGCUGGCCACUCUGGCGAAGAAGGCGACCAGCAGAGAGAUGCUGAUGGAGCCUCUGUUGAUAUUUUUAUCGCAAACUCCUUCGCUGAGCGAGCCGCUUUUGUGGUUUAUUCUGCAAGUACUGGACACUCAAGAGGCCGUGAGGUGUUUUCACGGACUAGGCGGCAUCACCAUCCUUGCUAAAAGCGUGGUGGAAAGUAGCAACGCGCCUAGCACCAUCGCCAAAAUGGGCAUGAUCUCGACCGUGAUGCAGCACUUUACCGGCUCGAACCUGUCCACCGACCUGAACACUUUCAUAAGCGCCUCGUCGGCCUCGAAAAAAUCCGUGCAGGCCAGCCUGGAGAACAAGCUGGCUCUGGUGAAUUUCGCGCCGCACUGCACCGUCAGAUGUCUGAGCGGCACCGCGCAGCCGGCGGACGUCUUGAUACAAGGUCUCGGGGGUGUCACGCACAGACGGGCUCGAACCCCGCUUUGGUCGUACCAUUUUUACCCGGACGAGGCGCACACGGAACUUCUGCUGCAACUGCCCAGUGCCGUGCUGUUGAAGGAGGUGCAACUGCAGCCCCACACCAUCGGCUUGGCCACCUGUCCUUCAGCGGUCGCCCUUGAGAUAUCAGCUUCCGGUCCGUCCCGUCUGGUUCCGGCUUGCGCGCCAAUACAAACCAGCGGCAUGACGUACAUCCGGCUGCAUCUGCCCACCCCCACCGCCGCCAACUGCGUUUUGAUUCGCCUGUACAAACCGCGCGACGCUCAGAGCAUCGGCCUGCUGCAGAUACGUCUGCUAGGCAACACCGCGUACGGCCAAACGGUCACCGACUCGUCCGAAGACGAGUCGCACUGCCGGCACAGCCUCGGCUGGCUCCGGCUGCUGCACCACUGCUUCGUGAUGCCCACCGAUCGCGAUCUACGCCGGCAGGUGAUCGGAGGGGCUUCGAGCGUUUCGCAACUGCUCAGCUGCUGCUGCGGGUUGCUCUUGGUGCCCUCGCACAUUUUACCAGUCUACGUACCGUGCUUGGAGAGGAUCUUAAGAGAGCUGGCGUUGCACAGCCCGGAAAACGGCAUCGUUGUAAUCAGGGUUCUGUUGAACAACAAGCCUGGCAUUAUCGAACCCCUGCAAACUCAAACCAACGUGGAUGACAGGCACCUCGUCAACUCCACUAGCGAUUUUUCCGCUUGCGAGUUGCUGUAUCAAAUCUGCGAGCACGAGGACGACAACACCUACUACAGGAUAUCGAUAAUCUUGAACUGGCUGCAACGCAAAGCACAGGAAGCGCUAACCCAACGCAACAUAGAACACCUAAACGCGAUGUACAUGUUCUGCAUCGCUUCCAUUUUCUGGUCGGCCUGCGAGAACGCCAUUAACUACGACAUCAAGUCGUUAAUCACGCGCGAGCUGUUCGAAUCGAUAUACAACCUCAAAUCCCUCACCAAGAACUCCACCAACUCGAAGUACUCCCUGGAUUCGCUUCUGUGUUCCAUCUGCUAUAUAAACCCGGAGUUUUACCCGAUGCUGCUGCACAAAAUGGGCGUCUUGCAACCCAAAAGCGAGGCUUCGAUCUCCGACGAUUGCAAAGAGCCCGAGAGCAUGACCGACGACACCAAGUGCGUCUAUCAAGAGACCUCUGAGUGGUACAACCACCUGCUACUGGGCGACAUAUCCCGAAUUUCCUAUCAGCAGUUGGAAACCAUAGCGCUGGUCAGCCGCAGUCCGACCUGCAUGCAGCAGUUGUUGAAUUCGGGAUUCCCGAAAUCGCUCAACGACGAAAUACUGCGUUUCUGCUCCAAGCCAAACGAUACAGUGGAAGAUUUGGAGAAAGUUAUAGCGAUUCUAAGAUUCUUCACCGACGUAUGCGACGAAAAACUCAUGCGAGAUUGGUUGGGGUCUUCAGACGGCUCGUCCUUUUGGUUGCACCUACUGAACAAACUGUGCGAGAAGCCCACCGUGAAUAAAUCCACUCUACCUUCGGAGGCUCACGUGCAACUCGAAGAAAUGUGCGUUAAAUUUCUGUCGAAAUGCUGCCUGUGCCACCAAGCCAACCAAACCAGGCUGGCGAAGGUAUUGUGCGAAGUUAUCGCCCUCCAAAAGAACGGAAUGUCGGGGUUUCUGCGGAGGAUAAUCCUGCAAUUGCUGUUGGAGUACGAGAAGGUGCCCGUGUGCGUAUCGGCGGCGGAGAACCUGCAAAAACUCAAGGUGCACUCCUGGCUUCCCUCGCAUCCGGGGUUCAAACCUUCCUGCAACAAGAUCAUGCUCCACCUCAGCACCAACACGACCAUCUUCGAGAUAGUCGAAAAGCACAUCUACUUCAACAAGGCUCUAAAGCAGGAUCCCCUGGUGAAGAAGUUCUCCAAGCACGUGCUCAAAAAGGAGGCUUUAAGCUCUUGGUUCACCGAAGAUUCGGACCUCAGCAUGGCCGCGGGAGUCACCGCCAAAGACAAACGCGCCAAGGACGCCAAAAAUCAGAUCGCCGCUGCGCCGCAGUUCAAGAAAAAGAGAUACGCCAACGCAGAAACAUCGACGACCGAAGACACGGAAAAUGGCGGCAAAAUCAUUAAAUGCGACCAACUUCCGAACCAAACUCUAUCGCUGACUCACAACUUGAGUCAACUGUUGAAAAUGAUAGAGGACAGUGGCAACACUGCCGACUGGCCCUGCAUCCAUUUAGAUUUCGGGCAUAGCAAGAGUGCAGAUGAUAUACUUUCGAUGGCGGAUCCGGGCAUUCAAACGUCCGCCAAAUUCCAACCGUAUGGAAGUGCUUUGCAAGUGUUCAGUUCCAUGGGUGGGUUGGCCCUUUUGGCGCAACAUUUACCCACGGUUUAUCCCGAAGCGAUAAGAGUACCGACCGAAAAAUCUGCCAACGAACAGAGCGACUCAGAUUGGAUCAAAGUUGAAGGUAAUGGAGACUGUGAAGACAUCUAUGAGGAUAUAGAAGAAACAAUAGGAACAAGUUCUCCAUCCAAAGGCUCCAGCACUUUAUCACACAUACCAUCACACUCCCUGACGGCUUUCGGUCUAUUUUUAAGACUUCCCGGCUAUGCGGAGCUACUCCUCAAAGACAUGAAACGCGCGCUUUGUCUUUUGAGGCUCGUGCUGGGCGUCACGGACGACGGUGAAGGUGGCGAGAUAUUCGCGUCGAUGGUGGCCGAUUCCCUGCCGACGUUGCCCUUCGAAAUUCUGAAGAAGCUCUUCAACUCGACCCCGCUGACCACCGACGACGGAGUGCUGCUGAGGAGGAUCAGCAUCAACUCCGGGGUUAUUCAUCUGCUGCUGGCCUGCAUCAGCAUUUUCACGCAUCACGCUCAAGAGGGGAACGACAAGGAGGGCAGCAAAGGUUCGAAGGAGGAGAGAACGCAGCUCUAUUGGGCCAAAGGUACUGGGUUCGGAACGGGCUCGACUCAGCAAAGUUGGAACGUCGAGCAAGCUCUACUAAAACAGCGCAGCGAGGAAGAACACGUGACGGUUCUAUUGCAGGUUUUGGCCAGUUACGUAAAUCCGAGCGACGCAACGGGCGACCAAUCGAAAGACAUUUUGCCGCCGACUUUUACCGAGUUACUGGCGAACAGCUCGUUGCUUCCCGCCUUAAGUUCCUACCUCAAAAACGAUUCGGUUUUCGAUAUGGCAAGGCACAUUCCACUGUACAAGGCCGUUUUGCAACUAUUGAGGGCCAUCGCCUCGAGUUCUCAACUAGUCAAUCUUUUACAUGUAAGGAAUUCCCACGGGGGCCCGUCGCUUUGCACCCUGUUGAAGAACAUGAAAACCUGCGUGGAUACCUACACAUCAAAACUAAGAAUAAACAAUGGUGGCAACAGGUCCAAGAGCAAACUGGGAGAGCAGCUGGAGGAUUUGGAGCAAGGGGAGGGCUUGGCCACUUUGAUGCCGGACAUCGAGGAGACCUUUAACCACGUUGCCAAACAUACUAGCUGCGCAUCGGACAACGAGAGCGACCGGGAGGACGCGACGGACAGGCAGAUGGAGAUCUCCUUGGAGGAGAGGUACCUCAAAGUUAUGAAGCAGCUGCAGUUUAGUUCGUACGAAAUGAUAAAGGAACAGCCGGACGGCGGCUGCAAGUUCGUCGUAUCGCACCACUUCGAGAGCAACGCGCGGCUCACGGGCGAACAGUCGCACCCCACGCGAGUAAAAAGGAUCGCGCAAGAGGCCGUCACCCUCUCCAACAGCCUGCCGCUGAGCUUCAGCAGCUCCGUAUUCGUGCGCUACGACACCUCGCGCUUGGACGUGAUGAAGGUUCUGAUAAUCGGGCCCUCGGACACGCCGUACGCGAACGGCUGCUACGAGUUCGACGUGUUCUUCCCGCCCGACUACCCCGCCUCCCCCAUGAUGAUCAACCUGGAGACCACCGGGCACCACAGCGUGCGCUUCAACCCGAACCUCUACAACGACGGGAAGGUCUGCUUGUCGGUGCUGAACACGUGGCACGGCCGGCCCGAGGAGAAGUGGAACCCGCAGACCAGCAGCUUCCUGCAGGUGCUGGUCUCCAUCCAGAGCCUCAUCCUGGUGCCGGAGCCGUACUUCAACGAGCCGGGGUACGAAAGGGCGCGCGGCACGCCCUCGGGCAACCUGAGCUCCAAGGAGUACAACCUGAACGUGUGCCAGGCCACCGUGCGGUGGGCCAUGCUGGAGCAGAUCGUGAACCCGUGCGGGUGCUUCAAGGAGAUCAUCCACGCGCAUUUUUACCUCAAGAGGGACGACAUAAUCAGGCAGGUGGAGCAGUGGGUGAAGGAGCUCGAGGAAGACGUGCAGAAGGAGAAGAAGAAGAGCUCUCACGUUUCGAAAAAGUCCUCGACGGCGAACUUGGAGACGUUCAAGUCGAAUUUCGCGCAGAUCAGAGAGCAGCUGGGCAAGCUGCAGCUGCCCAGCGACGGUCCCGAGACGGAGGCGAGCGAUAAAAACCACACGGACACUGAUGAGGAUAUGGAGAAAAUGGUGAACGAUAUGUGCGAAUAGCAGUGCAUUUAUUAGUCCAGUUAAUAUAAAUUUUGUUUUCCUGUUUUUAUUACUUAAACAAACAUUAAAGCCGUUUUAUUUUUUACGAUUUCAUUUCUGUCUGUUGUUUUUUUAAAGAAAUUUUUAAUUUACAAAUAUUGUAAAAUACUGUUACCAGAUAUUUGUGUCAUAAAAGGUGAUUUAGAUAAGUGAUUGUAAAAUAAAAACUUGUUUUUAUA